AUGUCCAAGAGAGGACGUGGAGGUUGCUCUGGAGCUAAAUUCCGUAUCUCCCUCGGUCUCCCCGUCGGAGCCGUUAUGAACUGUGCCGACAACACCGGAGCCAAGAAUCUUUUCGUCAUCUCCGUUUAUGGAAUCAGAGGAAGAUUGAACAGAUUACCCUCCGCUGGAGUCGGUGACAUGUUCGUCUGCUCUGUCAAGAAGGGAAAGCCUGAGCUCAGAAAGAAGGUUCUUCAAGCUGUCGUUAUCCGUCAGCGCAAGACUUUCAGAAGAAAAGACGGUACUUUCAUCUACUUCGAAGAUAACGCAGGAGUUAUUGUUAACAACAAGGGAGAAAUGAAGGGAUCUGCCAUCACCGGACCAGUCGCUAAGGAGUGCGCCGAUUUAUGGCCCAGAAUUGCUGCCAAUGCUGGAUCUAUCGCCUAA